AGCUCUUUGGAAUCUAUAUUCAACGAACAGAAAACGAAAAUUUAGAAGUGAACAAUGGGAAUGAAAGUAUUUAUCGUAAUACUACUUCUACUGAUUUUAAUGUCGGAUGGAACGGGUUUUGGUAGAAAAAGAUCCGCUAAAUGCCGCAGGGACAAUAAACAGAUUUUAAGUAAAAGCGGCCAGAAUUCAACAUCCGAUUAUUAUUAUUACUGUGACCCAACGGAAUUUGGAAUAGUACAAAAGAUCCCGUAUUUGCGCUGUUGUUCGCCAUGUGACACAAUAGAAAUCGAUUUCUCUUCCGCUUGUAUUAGAUGCGGAAUGUGUCUUGCCAUUGCUGAAAAGAUAAACCAAACGUUGCUAGAUGUUCACGAAGUGUUGCCUAAUGCAUAUUUAAACGAUAUGGAAAUUGAACUUCUUCUGAGAACUAUCUGUGAUCAUUCUUUUCAAUUCUACGGCCUUCGUGAACUAAACGGAAAAAGAUAUAUUUCUGACAAAGUACCUGGUUCUAUUAUAGUGUCCACAUCCGCUGAUGGACUUUGGGGAAAAAGAUUGAGCGAUCUUUGUCAUUAUUAUCUGGAUGAAAUCGGAGAAGUUUCAUUAUACCAGCAAUGGCAACAAUGGUGUAACGACAGUGAUAAAUUUCCCGAUUUGUCCAACAUCAUUUGUCGAAGCGUACAUAGUAUAUUGCGAGAUUGUAGAAGCAUGGAGAACGUAGAGAAGUACGAAUCUCCGUUUAAAAUCUACAACGCCAAAGUAAAAAUCACAGCAGCUUAUAAAUAUGGAAAACGUGGUUGAAGAUAAUAUUUUUAGUGAAGAAAAUAAUAUUUGAUAUUAUUUUAUUUUUGAAUUAUAAUACUGCAUGUACAUAAUAUGUAUGCAUAUAAUGUGCUUCACACACAUUGAUCGAUCUUGAUUAAUUUAGGCUAUUAGUUACAAGUUUUGUUAGAUAUGACAAAAUAACAAGUUUAAGUUAGUUACAAAUUUGUGCUGGUUAUUGUAAGGAAUGAAAUGGAAAUAUACAAAAGAACAAUUGGCAGC